UCCCCAAAUUCUCUCCUUUCUCUCUCACUACUCGCUACUCUUCACUUUCGCCACUUCCCCAAAUGACUAACCCCACCGGCACUGUCAUCUUCACCACCGUCGGACGCACUCAAUACGGCUUCGACACCUUCUCUGUUCCACUCAGUUCUCCCACCACCGAACACUGCCUUACCGACGGAAUCUCCGUCAAUUUCAAUGCCCAAUUCGUCGAUAAUCAACAAUCCAUCGUCUUCAUCUCUGAACGAUCUGGCUCCCCUAGAGUUUAUCUCUCCAAUUCUCCCAAUUCCGCCCCCAAGUUGCUACCUUCCGCCCCCGGAAGCUGCUUUCACGACCGACCCAUUAUCAGAAAUGAUCGCCUCUAUUUUAUCUCCGCUCAUGAAAACCCCCAUAAGCCCUUCACGAGCUGGUCCGCUCUGUAUUUCACUGGGUUGGACGGUUCCGAUUCGGUGACUCGCCUGACUCCUUGUGGGUCUGUCGACUUCAGUCCGGCGGUUUCGGAAAGUGGGAAGUUCGUCGCGGUUGCUUCUUAUGGCUCUCGUUCUUGGGGCGGCGAAUUUCAGGAGCUCCACACAGAAAUUGUGGUUUUUAGAUCUUCUGACCCGGAUCGACGAGUUGUAGUUUCGGGUCGGGGCGGAUGGCCGUCGUGGUCCGGCGACUCCACCGUCUACUUCCACCGGCAGGCCGAGGAUGGGUGGUGGAGCAUUUUUAGAGUGGAGAUUCCUGAAAAUCUCGAUUCCUCUGUCCCCCCUGUUCCGAUCCGGGUUACUCCGGCGGGUCUCCAUUGCUUCACUCCGGCCGCCAUGAACGACCGGAAACGAGUGGUCGUCGCUACCCGAAGACCCGACAACAAAUUCCGACACAUUGAGAUUUACAAUUCCGGGACAGACGAAUUCGACCCGAUUACCCAGAAAUUGAAUCCCAGUUUUCAUCAUUACAACCCGUUUGUCUCGCCGGAUUCCAAGUACAUCGGUUACCACCGAUUCCGUGGAGAGUCGUCUCAUGGCGAGUUAACGAUUCCCCAUUUUGAACGGAUAAUUUCCCCAAUUAAUGAACUCCGUUUGAUCCGAAUAAACGGUUCGUUCCCAACACAGUCACCUGACGGCAAUUUCAUCGCGUUUAAUCCCGAUUUCGUCGGGUUAAAAAUCGUCAAAGCAGACGGCUCAAAAUGUUGGACCGUAUUGAAAGAUCGAACCGCUUUUUACAACUCGUGGAGCCCAACGGAAAAGAACGUGAUCUACUCUUCGCUGGGGCCCAUUUUCGGGCCAGCGAGAGCGACGGUCCAAAUCGCUCGGACCACGAUCAACUCCGAUGAUCUUAACAAUGGUGAUAGCGACGAAGUUGCCGGUGAAGUGAAGAUUCUCACAAAAGAGGACACUGGAAAUAACGCCUUUCCGGCUUGUUCGCCGGACGGAAAGUUUCUAGUAUUCCGAUCCGGCCGAUCGGGACACAAGAAUCUUUACAUCAUCGACGCUGUGAACGGUGAUUUCAAUGGCGAAGCACGACGGUUGACUGACGGACCAUGGAUCGACACAAUGCCGAGCUGGUCGCCGGCCGGAGAUCUCAUAGCGUUUUCUUCAAACAUGCAUAAUCCAGAGAACACCGAAACGUUCAGUAUCUAUGUCAUCAGGCCGGACGGUUCGAAUUUGAGGAGAGUUCACGUGGCUGGACCGGAGGGGUCUAGUGACGUGGACAAAGAAAGGAUUAACCACGUGUGCUUUAGUAGGGACGGGGAGUGGCUUUUAUUCACGUCGAAUUUGGGUGGGGUGUCAGCGGAGCCGGUGUCAAUGCCCAAUCAGUUUCAGCCAUAUGGCGAUCUGUUCGUGGUGAGGUUGGACGGGACCGGGCUGCGGAGACUGACGUGGAGUGCAUAUGAAAAUGGGACUCCCACGUGGUAUUAUGGAAGUGAGCUGGCGCUUUCCGGGCUGAGUUUGAAAGAUGAGGUGGUUGGUGAGAAAUUGAAGGGGGAGUUUGAUGAACCGCUUUGGAUAACGUUCAAUUGAUGACAUGUGUCGUGUGCCACGUGGAAUAUUGUCGAGAUUUAGUGGAGUUUUAAAAUAAAAAGGAACAAAUUCUAUAUAAUAGAAUUUGAUUGUCCCUAAAGAAUAUCCAAUUUUUAAAUCUUUGUUAUAAAAUUAUAUUUGUAAUGGAAGUUAUUAGGUUGGAUUGUUCGGAUUUUAUU